AUGGCGGCGCCCGACGCCUGGCGGUGCGAGUGGAAGAAGCUGGACCCGCGGGGCCGCGGGUCCAUCCCCUUCGAAGACCUGCCGCAGCUCCUCGACGGGUUGGGCGUCGACCUGAGCGACGACGAGCUCGAGGACGCCGCGACGCGCAUCCAGCGCUGGCAGGCGAGCCGCCUGCUCCUCCAGGGCUUCCUGCGCUGGCUCUUCCCGAGCCCGCCGCGGCCGUUUUGGACUGCGCCCGUCAAGGCGCCGUCGCCCGCGCCCUCGCCCGUCAAGGCGCCUCCGAAGCCCGCGGCGGCCGUCCUGGAUUGCGUCGAGGCCGCGGACGCGCCGGACGGCGCUCCGUCGCCCGCGGCGUCGCCCGCGAAGCCGGCGUCGCCCGCGGCGUCGCCCGUCAAGGCGCCGUCGCCCGUCAAGGCGCCGUCGCCCGUCGAGCCGCCGUCGCCCGCGGCCGCGGUGCUGGACGUGACCGAGGCGGCCGAGGAGCCCGCGGCGGCCGAGGAGCCCGCGGCGGUCGCGGCGGCGGCCGAGGACGACGACGCGUCCUUCGACGAGGCGAGCGUGGAGUCGUUCGAGGAGAGCCUGAGCGACGACGACGCCGCCGCCGCGGCCGCGCCGCCGCCGCCGCCGCCGCCGGACCUCGCCAAGUACGCGGCGAUGGUCGCGACGGGCUUGCCCCGCGCCGAGGUCGAGGCCAUCAUGGUGCGCGAGGGCGCGGCCGGCGCCGGCGCCGAGGCCGCGGCGCGCCUCGCGUCGGUCGCGCCGCCGUCGCCGCCGAAGCCGCCGGCCCUCGAGGUCGACGUCGACGACGGCGACGCCUACGCCGACGACGACGACCGCCUCUACGACUUCGACGGCGGCGACGGCGGCUUCGGCGACACGGACUGGGACCACGCGGAGGCCGCGGCGCCGCGGUCGCCGGGCGCGCGGCCGCCCGCGGGCAUCCUGAAGCGGGACCACGACCCGCGGAACCGCGGGCCCGGCGCGCGGCGCGUGUCCAUCGGCGGCGAGCGCACGUCGUCGUCCGCCGAGGGCUCGACGCCGCUCCGCGUCAAGUGCUUCUACGUCGACGACCCGCCGAACCUCGUCGGCGAGACGCCCGAGGAGUCGCAGGCCGACAGCCUCUACGACGACGCGUUCCCGGCGCCGGGCCGCGGCGCGCCGCCGCCGCGCUGGGGCGCGGGCCUCGCCGUGCCGCCGUUCAUGGCGGGCCUCCCGCCGGCCAACCGGCCGACGCUCGACCGCACGGUCCUCGACGACGACAUCGCCGAGUUCGAGCGGAACAACGACCUCGCGGAUUUCGAGCGCGACGACGCCAUGGACUCGCUCACGGACUUCUCCAAGACCGCGACCUUCGCGCCGGGCUUCGCCGCCGCCGCCGCCGGCGGCGACGACGACGACGACGACGACCUCUACGCCUUCGACGACGACGACGACGUCGGCGGCCUCCUGCGCGAGACGGAGCGCGCCUUCGAGCCCCGGGCCGGCGGCCCCUACGAGCCGCGGCCGGACAUCACCAUGGACGACAUGCUCGCGCCGUCGCCCGGCGAGAACGACGCGCAGCCGUGCGCGACCAUGGCGGCGCCGGCGAGCGGCGACGCGGCGCCCGAGGGCAAGUUCAUCCCCUUCUCGCCCAUCCGCCCCUUCGUGCCGCGCAUCCCGCGGCGGGCCCGGCGGCCGGAGGCGUCGAAGCCGCGGGAGCCGGCCGACGCGCGGCCCUACGCCCUGGGCCGCGGCUGGACCAAGGAGUCCUUCGUGAGCCUCGACGCGGCGAGCGUGGCGACGCUGGCGACGGCCGACGCCGCGCGCGGGUCCCACUUCGCCGGCGCGGCCGCGCGGCCGCGGAAGCUGAGCCCGGACGCGGGCGCGCGCGCGCGGCCCCGGCGCGGCCGCGCGCGGACGCCCGGCCCGCGGCCCGGCCCGCGCCUCGGCGGCCUCGACAUCGCGGGCCUGGCGCACCGGCCCGAGACGUCGCCCGCGCCAUCGCGGUCCGCCGCGCCCGCGGGCCGGAGGCGCGACCGCGCGGAGCUCAAGCCGCCGCGGAAGGCGCUCUUCCUGGACCUCCUGAGCUUCACGGAGCACAUCGGGACGACGCGCCACUUCCGCGUGCCCGGCGGCCGCGGCGGGCUCAGCAUCCCGCCGAGCUCCUUCCUCAAGGGCGGCCACAUGCACCGGAGAUGA